CCGGGACAAAGGCGCGGCCGCCCCGCGCCCCGCGCAGCCCGAGCCGGGGCGCACAGCCGGGGCACAGCCCGCGCCCCCCGCCGCGACGGACAUGAUGUUUCCACAAAGCAGGCAUUCGGGCUCCUCGCACCUACCCCAGCAGCUCAAAUUCACUACGUCGGACUCAUGUGACCGCAUCAAAGAUGAGUUCCAGCUGCUGCAGGCACAGUAUCACAGCCUAAAGCUGGAAUGUGACAAACUGGCCAGCGAGAAGUCAGAAAUGCAGCGCCACUACGUGAUGUACUACGAGAUGUCCUACGGCCUGAAUAUCGAGAUGCACAAGCAGGCUGAAAUCGUGAAGCGGCUGAAUGGGAUUUGUGCCCAGGUCCUGCCCUACCUCUCCCAGGAGCACCAGCAGCAGGUGCUGGGUGCCAUUGAGAGGGCUAAGCAAGUGACCGCCCCUGAGCUGAACUCCAUUAUCAGGCAGCAGCUUCAAGCUCACCAGUUGUCGCAGCUGCAGGCCCUGGCCCUGCCCCUGACGCCCCUGCCCGUGGGGCUGCAGCCGCCGGCACUGCCCGCCGUGAGCGCGGGCACCGGCCUCCUGUCACUGUCGGCGCUGGGCUCGCAGGCCCACCUCUCCAAGGAGGACAAGAACGGACAUGACGGGGACACCCACCAGGACGACGACGGGGAGAAGUCGGAUUAGCGGGCGGCCGAGGCCGGGGCGCAGGGAGAAGCCCAGGCAGUGUGUCCGGCCCCAGUGUCCACUCGGGGUCCUCCCCGCCCGUGUGCCGCCCCUCUGGCUUUGCUCUCCUGUCUCCCCUCACACACACACACACACACACACAACAUACACCCCCCAGUCCCGGCCUCCCUCCUCCUCCUCUUUCCCUUGCAGCCCAAAGAGGUGACACCCGCUUAAGCCGCAGAGGGGGCAGGUGGGGGACCAGGCCCGUGGGAGCCACGCAUUGCCCGCUUCUUGCCCACGGGCGACCGCCUGGCCCUCACCAACCUCCCACCCUGGCACUGCAUGCAACACGAGGCCAGCCACCCCUCCCCGCCACGCCCUCCUCUCCCUCCACGCCCCUGCCCACUCACCUCCUCCACGCGGGUCCCCCUCCGGGGAAAGCGGGGGCGGGAGGGGCCGAGCUUAGCUGAGAGAAGCCAGGGUGGGGGUGGGUGACCCAGCCUCCCUCCCCCUCCCCCAAUAAAGAUGAGGGUACUGAG